UUGACUUUGCUGCCAUAACCCUAACCCUAGUGGUAAGGGCUAACCACUUAGGGUUAGGGCUGGAAGUUAGGGUGGAUGCAAAAUCUUCAGCAAGAUCGAUCCCAAGUCUGGCUACCACCAGAAUGAAGUCGAUCCUGCAGACUAGCAUAAAACCGUGUUCAAAACUCGCGAUGGGCUGUACGAGUUUACAGUCAUGCCCUUCGGUCUUCCGAAUGCGCCAGCCACCUUUCAAAGUCUCAUGGAUAAGGUAUUUCGCAAUCAGAUCAACCGAUUUGUUGUUCUAUAUCUGGAUGACAUACUAAUCUUCAACAAAUCGAUGGAGGAACACAUGAGGCACCUUGAGGAAGUGAUGCAGAUCCUCAAGGACGCGCAGCUCCAUCUCAACUUGGAGAAAUCUGAGUUUGGGAGGGACAACGUCAUCUACCUUGGACAUCGGUUGUUUGCUGCAGGCCUAGAGCCCGAGGCAACCAAAGUUGAGGUCAUCCGAAAAUGGCCUCAACCUGCGAAUGUCUGCGAGUUGCGUUCUUUUCUUGGUCUUGCGUCGUACUACCGUAAGUUUGUGCCCAAGUUCUCUAUCAUCGCCCGUCCGCUGUCUAAAUUAACAAGCAAGAAUGUGUCUUACACAUCGAAUGAGGAAUGCACGACAGCCUUCGACGCAUUGAAAGAGGCUUUGGUGAGUCAUCCGGUGCUUUGCAUUGCGGAUCCCAAACUUACGUUCGUAGUAACUAUGGAUGCAAGUUUGUAUGGGAUUGGUGCAGUGCUGCAGCAAGACGAUGGUGAUGGCCUACGUCCGCUUGAAUGCUACAGCAAACACAUGCCCAGUCACAAGGUAGUUGCUUCCACUUACAUGCGAGAGCUCUAUGCCUUGAGAGAGGCACUAGAUCAUUGGAAACACUACCUCUUGGGUCGCCAUUUCAAAGUGUUCUCAGAUCACGAGACUUUGAAAUGGAUUCAGACACAAAUUAACCCAUCAACCACAUUGACCCGCUGGCUGCGUGAGAUUGAUGUGUAUGAUUUUGAAAUUAAGCACAAGAAAGGCUGUUAUAAUCGAGUUGCGGAUGUUUUUUCUCGCCACCCUGAGUAUAUGACUUGCCUUGUGGGUUCCUAUGAUCUCCGUAAAAAUUUGAAGGAGGAACUCAUUGAGCAUACUGCCAAGGAUCCAGAACUCAGCCCCAUCCUUGAGCAGAUUCGGGCUGACCCUAGCAGUCAGCCUGAUUUCCAUGAAUGUAAGGGCCUUCUCUUCCGACGUUACGGGAAGCAUGACCGAUUGUGUGUGCCCAACCAUGAGCCGAUCAUGACUCAGUUCUUGGAUUUGGCUCAUGGUCGGAGUGGACACUUCGGUGUUGAGAAGACGUACGGGAAUCUGUUGGAAAAGUUUGUGUGGUUUGGAAUGAAAAGAAUGGCACAAAGGUUUGUGGCUGAGUGUGAAGUUUGUCAACGUAUCAAACCGUCUCGACAGAAGCCCUAUGGGCUGCUGCACCCUCUUCCUAUCCCUGAUGGUCCGGGUGAGUUUGUUUCCAUUGACUUCACGGACAUGGGGAAGAAGAGCAGAAACGGUUAUUCACAAGUAAUGGUGAUCGUCGAUCUUUUUUUCAAAUUUUUGAAUCUGAUCCCAUUACCGCCUAAUGCCCCAACUGACCUUGUGAUCGAAGAAUUUAACAAAAGGUACAUUCUGCAGUGCGGUCCCCCGAAGACUCUUGUGAGUGAUCAGGAUACCAGGUUCAUAAGUGCAGAUUGGAAAAACUUCACCUCCCAGACCUAUGACAUGAAACUCAAGAUGACGUCUGGCCGACACCCGGAAGCCAAUGAACUCGCCGAGGAGAUCAACCAGACCGUAAUCCAACUUCUCAGGGCUCUUAUCGUGCCUGACCAGAACUCUUGGGAUGAGGAGUUGCCGAUUGUGCAGGGGUUGUACAACAACUCCAUCCACUCUUCCACCGGGAUGACGCCUAACUGCCUGCAUCUUGGAUGGAAAAUCCGCAAUCCUCUAUCUUAUCUGUUCUUGGAACAGCCACCUGGCCUAACACCUGGCCAGCCAGGCUACAGCGCUAAGUACGAUCGUUUGCUCAAAGUUGUUGUCGCAGCUAUGGAAAGGCGACGCAAUGCCAUGAUCAAGCAUGCCAACAAAAAGCGCCAACCUGAUCCUUUCACAGUGGCAAGUUAUGUGUGGGUCAAGAUGUCUGAGUUUUCUGAAGAAAAAGGCGUAUCACGGAAGCUUCUUCCUCAGUACUACGGUCCCUGGAAGGUGCUGAAUCGAGUAGGUAAUGAUUCCUUCGGUCCUUCUUACACAAUUGAUGUGCCUGCUCAUUUGCGAACAUACCCAGUCUUUCACGCAUCAAAGUUAUUUCCGUAUAAGUCACCUGAGACGUUCAAGUACCAAGAAUCGAUGAUUCCCCACGCAAUCAAUGGCGGUCACGAGGUUGAUAAAAUCGUCGAGCACAGUGGAAAAGGGAGAAACAGACAGUAUAAAGUGCAUUUUCUGUACCACCCACUUAAUGACUUCUACUGGAUUGCUAAGAAAGACCUACUGCAGAGUGCACCUCGAGUUGAUCAGUUCUGAACAGCAACCAAAAUUCACUGCUACCCUGACUCCUACGGAACACAACCGAUCUCUCUUUGCUAUCUACGCCUAUGAUGCAUUAAGCAAGGACUC